GCCCUUCUCCCCUCCCCUCGUGCGUUGACAAAAAAGAAAGUGAAGUGAAGAAUCAACCAACAAUGGCCGGCGGAAUCCACCGACCACAAUGCUGAUUUUGUUUGAGCCAUCUGGACUGGACUGGACCCUAUAAAAAACAGAUCAGAUCUCCCCCACCCUCGCUUCCCCAGCCUGCAGGUUGUCGUCGCCCUCUUCCUCCUCCUUCGCUGUUGCUGUUGCUGUUGCUUCCGCUUCCGCCGCCGCCGCCGCGGAAAUCAAACUAAUCUGAUCGAGACCACACCGUUCCAGAGAGAUCCCCCAAACAAAAAAAGAGCACGGGAUCGAAAUGGAGCUCGACGGCAAGUACAGCAAGGACCAGAGCCUCAAAUGCGAAUGCCUCCUCUUCGACCUCGAUGACACACUAUACCCGUUCAACUCCGGCAUUGCUGCCGACAUAAAGAAGAACAUCCAAGACUAUAUGGUGCACAAGCUCGGCGUUGACGAGGCCAUAAGCUUGGACCUAUGCGUCCUCCUCUACAAGCAGUACGGAACCACCAUGGCUGGCUUGAGGGCUGUUGGGUACCAGUUUGAUUACGAUGACUACCACAGCUUUGUUCAUGGGAGGUUGUCUUAUGACAAAAUCAAGCCUGAUCCUGUGCUUAGGAACAUCCUCCUCAGCUUACCCAUUCGCAAACUUGUGUUCACAAACGGUGACAGAACACAUGCUUCAAGGGCCCUCAAGAGGCUUGGCAUUGAGGAUUGUUUCGAAGGAGUCGUGUGCUUUGAGACACUGAACCCGACAUCUCCUCCUCCUCCUGUCCCAGCUCAGGAACUUGAAAUCUUUGAUCUAAUGAAGCAUCUGGCUCAUCCACAGCCCGCGGUGCAGCUACCAAAAUCACCUAUCCUAUGCAAACCGUCAAGGGAGGCCAUGCUGCAGGCUCUCAAGGUCGCCUCCAUUAAUCCACAGACAACUAUAUUGUUCGAUGACAGCUUCAGGAACAUUGAAGCUGCAAAGCAAAUUGGAAUGUGUACUGUCCUGGUUGGAACAUCUGAGCGGAAAAAGGGUGCUGACCAUGCCUUGGAAAGCCUCCACAACAUGAAGGAAGCACUGCCGGAGCUGUGGGAGGAAGCUGAGAAGGAUGAAGAUGUGAGGAAUUCGAGCAAAGCCGGAAUCGAGACAUCUGUGAUCGCGUAAUCUUUUUUGUUCCUUGGUUACAAAUGUAGCCCCUUCUGUUUUCCUUGGAGGACAACACGAGGUGGUGGUGUAUGAAAAAAGAGGAGACCUCCUCAAGGGGUGGGGGGGACUGACUGAUACUACGACCACUGAUGUUACACCCCGUAAACUAUUACUAUCCAAUAAGAAUGUUUUCUUCUUCAACUAUCUAGGAUGGUCAUUUUGUUGGUGUUUAGUUAAAGCAGCUAUCCAAUAUUUUUUUGGAUCCAAAUGUGUAUGUCCUCGCUACUUGGUUCUUCAUGCUUAUGAAUGUGGAGUGAUGAUGUCCUGUUG